UUCUGCUUUAAUUUAACGAUAUUCUCGUAUGGGGACAUAACCAUAUCAUUAUGAACUGGAAUUGAUGCCAACAACAAUGACUCACUCUUCAGUCUUCACCAUGAGUGAUCAUUGUUAUAAACGCGCUGCUACGGAUCGGGAAAUCGUUGGAAUCGACAAAGCAAGAAUACGAAAGCGAGAAUCGAAAACACAGACACACGAUUUACGUGGUUCACUAACACGAUGUGUGUUAGCUACGUCCAUAGGCGAGAGAGAGCUAGUUUCACUAUAUCAAGGAGAUUACAGAUUACAGAGGAGUAUGAGAAAUAUUUAUAGUACUUCUCCAUGUGACCAGUCGUAGCGGCUGAUAGUCCGAUUCAAGUCACAUCAACAAUCAUGAAUCAAGAUAUUAAAUGGCUAAUCACGUAAAGAAUAGUUUGGUCGUAUUAACUCAACUACUCGAGUUGUUUUAAGUGGUUCAAUUAUGAAUUAUAUACCAAAUACUAAUGUAUAAGACUCGUUUCUCUUCGCAAUCAAUAAUUGAAUCUCAUAUGCGUGAGCGUGAUGUGAUGAAGAGAGGAGACAUAUCGACACUGUGCACUCAAGUGGUUUGGACAUAGACUCAAUGCAACAAAAAAAUCAAUCCAGACUAAUCGUUCCAACAGUUAAAUUAAGACAUGGCCACCGGCCCACUUCAACACACUCACAUAACAUAGUUGUCUGCUUUGAACCGACUGACAAAAAAAACAGUUCGAGAUGUUAAUUGCUCGAAUCGAACAAACAUUGAGCGACUGCCUAGUGCGUUCCUGAACUUUGGUUAAUAUUUUAGUUCGGUUUCGACGACGACAUGGCUUAGACUAAAGCAUCGGUCUUCACUCUUCACUCUUCAUCAAUUCCAAGCUUUUAUUAUGGGCUGAAUUUCAAGCCGUCUGCAGCUUACUUGGGUCCACGUAAUUACUGGGCUCGAGAGCCCUAAACUAUUCCCCUUAUAAACUUUACAGCCCACAUAACCCUAAUUAAAGUUCGUAUCAAAUGGGCUAGAAAAACCCUUCUGAGCGUGAGAGAAUGGGCUCGUGAAACCCGUAUAGCAAUUCAAUGGGCCCACAUGCAUGCUGGUUAACGAACGACGACGACGAGCGCAGAACCCGGGUUGGCAGCCUCUGCCUGGGUGGCGGAAAUGCCAACAAUUACGAGGAAGGUGUGGCGUGCAAAGAACAGCCAGGUGCAUGCGGCAACGACACGUCAAACCCUCUCACCAUUAAAAACGGGUCCCUCUCUUUCCCCAUCUUUUCUAUCGUCAGUUCCAACCGCCAAAAAUACGAUCCCACGAAUCCCAUGCGGCCGCUAACACGUAAGCCGCAUUUGGAUUUGUAUGCCUUCCACCAAAACGAACUCGUGAGUCCCGUGAUCAUAUCCUCGAUCAACGGUCCCGAUCCUUUCCUUUCCUUCCUCUCAGUCUGUCUCUCCCUUUCUCACUCACUGCUAUAUAUGCUCUCCAGAUUAUUCGUCCUCUGCUCAUUUCCUUCACCUUUUUCUUUCCGCCGUUGAGGAGGUUGCUUCGGAGUCGAGGAAACCCUGCCGCAUUGUUGCUUUCCCUUCUUCAUCAAUCUGUGAGUGAGGCUCUUCUUCUUCUGUAUGCGUUUCUAAUUUAGUAUUCUACGAUUGGUUGGUGAGGAUUAGAUUGUUCGUUCCGUGGAUUCACUUGAAUGUUUAGGGCGAACGUUGACGAUUCCUUUAGUAUGCGCAUGCACAGUCUUUGCUGUACUGCUUUCUUUUGGCAUUUUCCUGUAGUAUAUAGCUCUGCUUCGAAUUUUUGGCCAGGUUUUCGUAGAUAGUGAGUUCAAUGGUGGAAACAAGAUGAACUUUAGGAUAGAAUUGAAAUGGGGGAAGAUCAGAAGGAAUGAAUUGUUCAUGGUGGGAUUAAUUAAUUAAAGAGCAACUUUCACUGUUCAUAUGAUGCGAUUGGGAUAAAGCUUAAUCUGCUGCUGCUGCUACCUUUUCAAUUUGGCGAUAAAAUUCCGAUUCAGAUAGAUUUUUGUGGGUGGUACUUGCUUUUACUGGUCUACUGAGCUUGCAACAGCUUUUGCUGCUGUUUUGAGUGGAAAACAACACUGAUUUGCUGAUUAGGACCUCGUCGAUAAAGUAAAGUAAUUCCACCAUCUUUCGGAUUAGGAUGCUUUUUUACGUUAGGUAGAAAAGUUCUGGAGGUUUACGGCUUCUUUUACUAGUUUAAUUCCUUCAUCUUCUUACCUAAGGAUGCACUCUGAAGCCCAUCUGCACCCUGCAGAAUAUUUUACUUGGUGGAACAAAGCAAACAUGCCAUAUAGGGGUUAGUAAUUAGUUGACCUUCAUAUUACCAUUGUUGACCAUUGAUGACCAUUGAUCCUCUCAUGAAUAGGUUGUUUCGAUCGUGUUGGGUAGCCAUGGGAACGAACCGUGGUAAAGCGAUGGAGCUGUUGCAUCUGUUACUCUGCUCCCUUGUCCUGUUUUCUUCGAUGGUGUCAUGCGCAUCAGAGGAAAAGCUGGUCAGAAUUGGGCUGAAGAAGCUGAAACUUGAUCAGAACAACCGAGUGGCUGCUAGGCUGGAGUCCGGUCAUGCUCGCGAGGGACUGCGAGCUGCGCUUAACAGGAAGUAUGGCGGCCUGCUGGGCGACAAGGGUGAUCCACGAGACACCGACAUCGUGGCGUUGAAGAACUACUUGGAUGCUCAGUAUUAUGGUGAGAUUGGUGUGGGCAGUCCUCCCCAGAAGUUCACGGUUAUAUUCGACACUGGUAGCUCGAACUUGUGGGUGCCUUCCGCCAAAUGCUAUUUCUCCGUCUCGUGUUUUUUCCAUUCGAAGUACAAGUCUGGCCAGUCGAGUACCUACAAGAAAAAUGGCAAGAGUGCUGAGAUUCAGUAUGGUACUGGAGCUAUUGCCGGGUUCUUUAGUGUUGACCACGUGAAAGUUGGUAACCUUGUGGUCAAAGAGCAGGAGUUUAUUGAGGCAACGAGGGAGCCUGGUGUUACCUUUUUGGUGGCGAAGUUUGAUGGUAUCUUGGGGCUUGGAUUUCGUGAGAUCUCAGUGGGAGAUGCUGUCCCCGUCUGGGACAACAUGAUGAAACAAGGUCUCAUCAAGGAGCCAGUAUUUUCGUUCUGGCUAAACCGCCAUGUGGAUGAAGAGGAAGGAGGUGAGAUUGUGUUUGGCGGUGUUGAUCCAAGUCAUUUCAAAGGAAAGCACACUUAUGUUCCAGUGACCAAGAAAGGUUAUUGGCAGUUUGACAUGGGUGAUGUUAUCAUUGGCGGCAAACCAACUGGUUAUUGCGGACGUGGUUGUUCAGCAAUAGCAGAUUCAGGAACUUCCUUGCUGGCUGGUCCAACGACUGUGGUUGCCAUGAUAAACAAAGCAAUUGGAGCUUCUGGAGUUGUUAGCCAGCAAUGCAAGGCUGUUGUCGCGCAAUAUGGACAAACCAUCCUUGAUAUGCUCAUGGCUGAGGCUGGACCACAGAAGAUCUGCUCUCAAGUUGGGCUCUGCACAUUUGAUGGAACACAAAGUGUUAGCAUGGGCAUCCAGAGCGUUGUGGAUGAAGGCAAUCAGAGGUCAUCCGGAGUUGUCAGUGAUGCCAUGUGCUCUGCAUGUGAGAUGGCAGUUGUUUGGAUGCAGAACCAGCUGAUGCAGAACCAGACACAAGAACGCAUUCUGAAAUACGUUGAUGAGCUCUGUGAUCGAAUGCCGAGUCCUAUGGGAGAAUCUGCUGUCGAAUGUGGAAGCCUUUCUUCCAUGCCAAAUGUUGCCUUCACCAUCGGAGGAAAAGUUUUCGACCUCCGGCCAGAAGAGUACAUUCUGAAGGUGGGCGAGGGCUCAGCUGCUCAGUGCAUCAGUGGGUUUACUGCUUUGGACAUUCCUCCUCCCCGAGGCCCUCUCUGGAUACUGGGAGAUGUUUUCAUGGGACGCUACCACACAGUCUUCGACUCCGGAAACAUGCAAGUCGGAUUUGCAGAAGCUGCGUAGUCGGCGUAACUUGUGAGUUCAUGUUUAUGUAAUAUCGGAAGUUGGUGUUGGCUGGAGUGUGUAAUAAGGUUGGAGGGUUUUCAACCAACCCUGUGCAAAGAAAGACCUCGGCCGAGAGUUUGAGUCUGUACAAUGUAAAUAGUGACAGUUAUGUGUCUAUAGUUCGACAAACAGAGAUGAUGUUGUGGUUUAGCUUUCGGUUGCUCAUCAUCAUGUUCAUAUAUGUCUGUGCUACUUCCAAGGAUGCAGACUAAUCUGUUAGCUCGAGGCCCUGUUAUCGUUAACGAAAGCACAUGAAUCUGCAUACCAAUAGAUUGUUUCGGUUCAAAUUAAGUUUGAAACCGUAC